AUGGGGUUGAAUGAUGACAAGCGAGCCACAAGGCUCCAACCUCACCAAGUUGCCCUGCUGCAGCAGCCUCUACCCAAGAUUACAGCCGAGGAACGACCAUCUCCUGAGCCAAAGUUGAAGCCAAAACCGCUAUCUCCCGACAUGCACCCAGGCAAAAGAUCUGCCCCGCCUACAUCCGCAGAGCCCAGUGGGAAGGUAAUGCGAGGUCCACCACGCGACUUGGCUCUUCAAGAGACUGGCAAACUGGGCAACGGUGCCGACUCAGACUUGAUCAUACGUGAUGAAUCUCCUUGGGACACUUUCAAGAAGUACUAUGAGUGCGAUCUAGCCGGCACUGUUGCUGUAUGCGUUCGAAACUCCGACAGCCGCGCCGCACGUGCGAUUCGCCGAUUCCCUAGCGAAGACACCGACAAAAUCCUGGGCAUCCUCCGUUCCACGGAUCAUAAGAACGUGGCUUCCGUUUGGGAAUGUUUCCGCACCCCUGAUGCGCUGUAUACUCUUUGCGAGUUUGAUCCACUCACGUUGGAUCAUGUUGUCGCCUGUAAAGCCUUCCCAGACCAGCAGCAGUUAGCUGCUAUUAUGUGCCAGGCUCGUACCUCGAUCAUUCCCGCGCAAUCUACGAAGUCGCUAACUAUACACAGUUUCUCGAGGGACUAUCGUAUAUAG